CGGCCGGUCAGUAUCGAUUCGGCGAUCAAGCUGUCAACACUUUCUAGCCUGGCGGUCUUGCAUGAAUCACGAGAUUUAACAGAUUAAGCGACCGUUGCGCGCGUUGUGAUUUAUGAGAAUUGGUCGAAAAGCGGGUGCCGUCCUAAGAACCGAAAUUAUUGUGUCCGUUAGGCCAGCAUAGGACAUAGUAGAAUACCGUGGUUAAAGCUGUGACAAUUUGAAAAUAUUUUAAUUGCAGAGACACAACGGUUUUGUGACAUUUUUUUUUUGCUGCUGUUUGGUGAUGUGAACCCGUAUAAUUUGUGGCACGAACGAAAGAACGCACCAGAAACAAAGUGUUGAAAUGGAAUAAUUGCCCGUGUAGAACUGUCGGAUGGUGAUUAAUUACAGAGAUCGGUUUCAUCCGAACGAAAGCGGAACAAGGUUAGAGCGGUGACAUGAGAUUCUACAGAAUAUGUGAUCAAGUUAUGCGCUUUGGAUUAAUUGUGUAUUGACUGUGAUGCUGGAUUUCUACAUAAAAAACAGUAAUAAGAACAUAGCUAUUUAGAAAGGAAUAACACAUAAGAGAUUCAUCAUUUUCGAAAGGAUAUGAAACCCUCGGUAUCGCUCUGGUUUCUGCUGGCACCGAUGCUAACAGGAACAUUUCCAACCCACACAGUUAAUGGCCAGCAGUUCCGAAGUGUGCCAACGACCGUGAAAACGUACGAAAAUGAAACCGUCCUACUUCCCUGCUACCACAAUUCACCCUACAGAUACGUGCGUUGGUCCCGGGACGAUCUGUUGCUGGCGGAUUCGAGGUAUCCGGAUUUGACACCACCGCCGAGAGUCCAGCUGUGGAAGAAUGGAAGCUUGGAGGUUGCUCAGGUGCAGACCGAGGACACGGGGGAUUACAAGUGUGAGAUUACUACCGACGGGGGAAGAGCGAUCCAGCAGCACGCGAUCGAAGUACAGUACCCCCCUCUGAUAUCGAUGUAUCCCACGGAUCGUAUUGAGAUAAAAGUUGGGCAAAUUCUUGAAAUCAUCUGCGAUGCUACCGGAGUUCCGCAGCCUUAUAUCACCUGGAACUUCAAGAACGACAACAUAAGUGCCACCUUCGAAAACAGUCGCAAGAUAGGUGUCCUCGUAGAGGACAAAGAUCUUGCCGGUCCAAUCGAGUGCUUGGCGACAAAUGGCGUUGGUGAAUCGGCUAGCGCUGUGCUAGAGGUAAUUGUUCAUUUCAUUCCAGAGGUUAGGGCGAAGAGCGCACCCGUCCACACAAAAAUUGGCCAAAGUGCACAGCUCGAGUGCAUCGUAACAUCCGCUCCAACCGCGUCGGUACACUGGUUCCGAAAUGGGCAUCCUCUACCGUCGGACCGACGCUUCUCCAAGCAGGACAGUAUCGUCAGUGGACCUCCACCCUACUACACCACGUACCGUCAUGUACUCUUCAUACGACACCUGAAGGAUACCGAUCUGGGACAUUACGAGUGUAAAGCCGAGAACAACAUCGGCAUCCGGGGUGCCCACAUUGAGCUGACCGGUCGACCCAUGCCGGCUUCGUUCAAACCAUCGGCCGAGAUGACCUCACCGACCACGCACAAUCUCAUCUGGCAGGUGGAGAGCUUUUCGGCGCUUAUCGAGUACAAGCUGAAGUUCCGUAAGAUUCCUUCGGGAAACAUAACGCCGAACAAGCGCUACCCGAAUCUCACCUGGAGUGAGUUGAUAAUACCGUCGGAUGGAUCCGCCGGGCCACUGCACAGCACCGGAUACACACUGCAGGGACUUCAGCCGACAAGCGUGUACGAAGUGAUGGUGUUGGCUAGGAAUCGGUACGGGUGGAGUGACGCCAGCAACAUAUUGAGGUUCGCUACCGGAGGUGAAGUUGAGCUAGCGGACGAAAGAUUACAGACAACGGAAACCAUUGAGUACUCAGCGGAAAGUGAAGACUCUACCAUCACGGACAAUGUCAGUACGGGAGACUAUUAUGAUUAUAACAAUUUUCAAACGAGUGAAUCCAAAACCAGUAUGUUUGGGAGCGGUUCGGUGUGGCAAGCUAAGCUGGUGUUUGUUUUCGCAGCAAUAAUGACAGUGUUUUGUAUAAGCAUAUUUUAGCAAUAAAGACAUUAUUUUCUUUAAGUU